CUUUUUGCACAGUUUGAAGCUGUUUUAGUCAAAAUCCCAUCUCUAAGUAUUCACACGGCAUGGUUUUGUCGGGUGGAAAAUCCGUGUCUUUUGCAUUGUCUGUCACUUUCCAUGUUUUUUCACAGCAAGCAAACUGAACUGCUAACAGUUGAUUUUUAAAAACAACAGCAUCGUAAACAAAAAAACAACAGCAAAACAUAGGAGUAAAAACUGAAACGAAACAACCGAUUAUCACAAAAGUCAGAUAGAGUGGGGGGUGAAACAUAGAGAGAGAGAAAGAGAGAGAGAGAAACAAUGAGUUGAAAAGCCAGAUAAAGAGUGGGAAGAUAAUAAAGAAGAAGAGUUUUCGGGGUGUGAGUGUGCGUUGUUCAUAAAGCAAAGGAAUUUGCAAAUGUCACAAGAGUCUGACGAGAUAAAGACGAUUGAGCAGUGGAAAUGGUCCGAAAUGCAAGGCCUUGAACUUAUGUCUGCUCCUUCUUCUGACCCUUUUAAAACCAACCCCUCAACCCCAACUCCAACAAUAACAACAACAAAAAACACACACUUAAUACAACACCAAGAGAAACCUAAAAAGCAAAGUCAAGCUGAAUCACAAACUUAUCAAGAAAGUGUAGAGGAGAGAAGAGAAAUGGAAACUACUACUUCUGCUUCUUCUUCAUCUGAGACAAAAAAAGAUGGGAGUAAUAAUGGUAGUGGUGGAAGUGGGGAGAAGCCAGGUGAUGUUCCUUCAGUUGGGUUUGGUGAACUAUUUAGAUUUGCUGAUGGCUUGGAUUAUGUGUUGAUGGGAAUUGGGUCUCUUGGUGCUCUUGUACAUGGCUGUUCUUUGCCUAUCUUCCUUCGUUUCUUUGCUAAUCUUGUCAAUUCUUUUGGUUCUAAUGCUAAUAACAUGGACAAGAUGAUGCAAGAAGUUUUAAAGUAUGCAUUUUACUUCCUUGUGGUGGGUGCGGCAAUAUGGGCAUCUUCUUGGGCAGAAAUAUCCUGUUGGAUGUGGACUGGAGAGAGGCAAACAACCAAGAUGAGGAUCAAGUACUUAGAAGCAGCUUUGAACCAGGAUUCAUACUUUGACACUGAGGUUAGAACUUCUGAUGUUGUGUUUUCUAUCAACACUGAUGCAGUGAUGGUCCAGGAUGCCAUUAGCGAGAAGUUGGGCAAUUUCAUUCACUACAUGGCAACAUUUGUAUCUGGUUUUGUGUUGGGUUUCACAGCGUUAUGGCAAUUGGCUUUGGUCACACUUGCAGUGGUCAAUCCUCUCAUUGCUGUUAUUGAGCAUCAUACACCACUUAGCCAGCUUCUGCAAGAGAGAUUUAUCACAGAGACUAUUGUGAACAGGUACAAAGGAUGCAAAUUUUUAACAGUGGUUCAAAUUCGUGUUGUUUUGGCUUUUGUUGGUGAAUCAAGAUCAUUACAAGCCUACUCCUCUGCAUUGAAGGUUGCACAAAAGAUUGGUUACAGGUCUGGAUUUGCAAAGGGAAUGGGAUUGGGGGCAACUUACUUUGUCGUUUUUUGUUGUUAUGCUCUUCUCCUUUGGUACGGGGGUUUUCUGGUCAGGCAUCACUACACCAAUGGAGGACUUGCCAUAGCCACUAUGUUUGCAGUCAUGAUCGGUGGAUUGGGUUUGGGACAAUCUGCACCAAGCAUGUCUGCAUUUGCAAAGGCCAAAGUGGCGGCUGCAAAAAUUUUCCGUAUAAUUGAUCACAAACCUGGCAUCGAUAGAAACAGUGAGUCAGAUUUGGAGUUGCAGUCAGUUACUGGUCUAGUUGAACUGAAAAAUGUGAAUUUUGCAUACCCAUCAAGGCCUGAUGUAAAGAUCCUUAACAAUUUCUCCCUAAGUGUACCUGCUGGAAAAACUAUAGCUUUGGUGGGAAGCAGUGGUUCGGGUAAAAGCACUGUGGUCUCCCUUAUUGAGAGAUUCUACGAUCCCACCUCAGGAGAAGUGCUGCUAGAUGGGCAUGACAUAAAGACAUUAAAACUGAUAUGGUUGAGGCAACAAAUAGGACUUGUGAGCCAAGAGCCUGCCCUUUUUGCUACCACCAUUAAAGAAAACAUUCUUUUGGGUAGGCCUGAUGCAAACCAAAUUGAGAUUGAAGAAGCUGCCAGAGUGGCCAAUGCCCAUUCAUUCAUUGUAAAGCUUCCUGAUGGCUUUGACACUCAGGUUGGGGAGAGAGGAAUUCAACUCUCAGGUGGGCAGAAGCAGAGAAUUGCUAUAGCCAGGGCAAUGUUAAAGAACCCGGCAAUCCUACUCUUGGAUGAAGCAACUAGUGCACUGGACUCUGAGUCAGAAAAGCUGGUGCAAGAGGCUCUCGAUCGUUUUAUGAUUGGGAGGACAACUCUUGUAAUUGCCCAUCGCCUUUCCACCAUUCGUAAGGCUGAUCUUGUAGCUGUACUCCAGCAAGGGAGUGUUUCUGAAAUUGGAACACAUGAUGAGCUUAUUGCCAAAGGAGAAAAUGGUGUCUAUGCCAAGCUCAUUCGAAUGCAAGAGAUGGCACAUGAAACUGCCCUUAACAAUGCUAGAAAAAGUAGUGCAAGGCCUUCUAGUGCCAGGAACUCAGUAAGCUCACCGAUUAUUGCCCGGAAUUCAUCAUAUGGCCGAUCACCAUAUUCACGCAGGCUUUCUGAUUUCUCUACUUCUGAUUUUAGCCUUUCCCUUGAGGCCUCACACCCUAAUUACCGAAUGGAAAAGCUUGCCUUCAAGGAGCAAGCUAGUUCCUUCUGGCGCCUUGCAAAAAUGAAUUCUCCUGAAUGGGUUUAUGCUUUAGUUGGUUCUAUAGGUUCUGUUGUCUGUGGGUCUCUUAGUGCUUUCUUUGCAUAUGUGCUAAGUGCUGUUCUCAGCGUCUACUACAACCCCGAUCAUGCUUACAUGAGCAGUGAAAUUGGGAAAUACUGCUAUUUGUUAAUUGGACUUUCAUCAGCUGCCCUUCUCUUUAACACACUACAGCAUUUCUUUUGGGAUAUUGUGGGAGAAAAUCUCACAAAACGAGUGAGGGAGAAGAUGCUGGCAGCAGUGCUGAAAAAUGAAAUGGCAUGGUUUGAUCAGGAGGAAAAUGAGAGUGCUAGGAUUGCAGCAAGGCUGGCUCUUGAUGCCAAUAAUGUCAGAUCAGCCAUAGGAGACCGGAUUUCAGUGAUUGUGCAGAAUACAGCACUCAUGCUUGUUGCCUGCACUGCUGGUUUUGUUUUGCAGUGGCGUCUUGCCCUUGUCCUCAUUGCAGUCUUCCCUGUGGUUGUAGCAGCAACUGUUUUGCAGAAAAUGUUUAUGAACGGUUUCUCAGGAGAUUUAGAAGCUGCUCAUGCCAAGGCCACACAACUAGCUGGAGAGGCCAUAGCCAAUGUAAGAACUGUUGCUGCCUUCAAUUCAGAGAACAAAAUUGUUAGCCUAUUCUCCUCAAACCUUCAAACUCCAUUGAAGCGCUGCUUCUGGAAGGGACAAAUUGCAGGAAGUGGAUUUGGGGUAGCUCAGUUUUCACUCUAUGCUUCCUAUGCCCUUGGUCUUUGGUAUGCUUCCUGGCUUGUGAAGCAUGGGAUCUCUGAUUUUUCGAAGACAAUCCGAGUCUUUAUGGUUCUCAUGGUAUCUGCCAAUGGUGCAGCUGAAACAUUGACCCUAGCUCCUGACUUCAUCAAGGGAGGUCGAGCCAUGCGGUCAGUCUUUGAUCUUCUUGACCGUAAAACUGAGAUUGAGCCUGAUGACCUAGAUGCCACCCAAGUUCCGGACCGCCUUCGCGGAGAAGUUGAAUUGAAGCAUGUGGAAUUUUCUUACCCCUCACGUCCUGAUGUCCCAAUUUUCCAUGACCUUAAUCUUCGUGCCCGAGCUGGAAAAACUCUUGCCCUUGUUGGUCCGAGUGGAUGUGGUAAGAGUUCGGUCAUUGCACUUAUACAGAGAUUCUAUGAGCCCUCAUCUGGACGUGUUAUGAUUGAUGGAAAGGACAUUCGGAAAUACAACCUCAAAUCCCUGAGAAAACACAUUGCAAUUGUUCCACAAGAACCAUGCCUCUUUGGGUCUACCAUCUAUGAAAACAUUGCCUACGGACAUGAGUCAGCGACUGAAGCUGAGAUCAUUGAGGCAGCUACACUAGCCAAUGCCCACAAGUUUAUAUCUUCAUUACCCGAUGGUUACAAAACGGAUGUGGGGGAGAGAGGAGUUCAACUCUCUGGGGGCCAAAAACAGAGAAUUGCAAUUGCAAGGGCUCUUGUGAGGAAGGCAGAGCUUAUGCUGCUUGAUGAGGCAACAAGUGCCCUUGAUGCUGAGUCUGAGAGAUCAGUCCAAGAGGCUCUAGACCGUGCCUGCUCAGGGAAAACCACAAUUGUGGUUGCUCAUCGGUUAUCAACAAUUAGGAAUGCUCAUGUCAUUGCAGUGAUUGAUGAUGGGAAAGUUCCAGAGCAAGGGUCUCAUUCACAUUUACUAAAAAAUUAUCCUGAUGGGUGUUAUGCCCGCAUGAUACAAUUACAAAGAUUUACUAAUAGCCAAGUCGUUGGAAUGACAUCAGGCUCAAGUUCUUCACCAAAACCAAAAGAUGACAAUGAAAGAGAAGCCUAAUGAAUUUUAAGAAAAUAGUAGAAAAGGAGUACAUCCCAUAUGCCCCUUAAGAUUUUUUUGGAUGUUUACUUUGGAUUUAAUAUUUUGAUAUAGUAUAAUAUAUGUGCAUUAUCUAUUUUUUCUCUUUUAACGAUGGAUCUUUCCAAGGAAAUGAUAAUGACAAAUAUAGUUCCUUGAGAUGAAAUAGAUAAAUACAUGUUUCCAUUCAAACAUAUCAUAAAAGCAUCUCAUACCAUAUGUGUUUUGUUUUUCAACUUUCAUGUCAAGAUAGGAGGGUAUGGCAAUGAAAGUCAAGGCAAUGUUGAAAAAUAAUUGAGGGAAACAGUGUGUAGCCAAACGUUCAUUUAGCUAUCAAAUCUUGCAUGGAAUCCAGUAGAUAUCCACGACAAAUGAUUAACUUUGAUGCAUGAUAGAAUUCAAUCACUUUCACAAGGCUUAUCACAUAGUAAUGGAUAAUUCAAUGGGUUUGUGGUUGAAGACUUAAGAGGAUUGGCACGUUUGGCAUUUUCAUCCAUCACCAUCCCACUUUAAGAUGAUGGAUUCGUGGCAAUUAGGGUAAUUUAUCCUAUCCUGAAUAUUAAUGAGAGAGACCCUGUGGGGGACAAAUAAUUCAGUGUGAAGCUCACAUGGUGGUUGCUACAUGUGCAAUGAGUCCUUUUUAAGCAGAGAUAGCAACAGGAAGAAAAGCAAAGAGUAAAAAAGAGAAAUAGACAAAGACCCCAAAGAGGACGGAUAGGAAAAGAUUAUGAAAGUCAUGCUUCAGCCAGUGUAGUAGCUAGUAGUCGACACGCGUGAGGGAAAAAGAAAGGGAAACUAGGAUGGGAAAAUGACAGAAAGAUGAUGGUGUUGGUUCAUGGACCUCGUGGGAUACCAUGCGAGCAGGUGGAGCCCUCACCCUAAUACCUUUUUUUUGUUAAAAGAAUAUAUAAAGGAUGUUAGUGGCCAUAGAUCCACCUAUGGACCUUUGCUGGGAAUGGCACUUUGCUGAAAGAUUGGUCUUUGUUUUCAAGGGCUGAGAACUUUUUCAUACUACUGGGAAAUUAGAGGAUGACACACUGCAAAGCAAAGUACUGACUGCAUCUCUUGUUCCUUUGUCUACAUUGGAAAUGGUAAAUGACUAAAUACAGGAGGAGAGCCAGGGCUAUCUCAAAUAUAUGAUAUCGAUACUCUUCUUAUUGGCUCUGCAACAUUAAAACACUCAAAUACAACUAUGGAAGUUUAUAUGAUAGCAAACACAAGACGCCAAAUAGUCAGACCUCAACCAUGGAUUCAACAGAGCACAAUAAUGAGAACUUGACAAAAGUAUGUUUCAAGAAUCUUAAAAUUUGUACUUUGUUGGUGAUGUUUAUGUAUCCUUACCCCCACUAAUUACUUGAAAACAAGAAUAAUUUACCUAAGGGAACAACAAAACCAGAAUCAUAAUCAUAUCAGAACAAAUUUUUGCUAGAUUAGACCUAAUAACAAAGAUAUUUGAUGUCCAGUCUAAUUGGAGGCUCCAACUUCUUAAAGUGCUAUUUCCUCCACUCAAGGCAAAAAGCAAAAAAACCAAUCAGAUAAUGCUCCACUAAGAAGGAAAGACACGUGAAGUUUCCACCUUCCCUUCCACCCAACAAAAUUUAUUCUAAGAAAUGCCCAGAAAAGUUCCAAGAUUGAGCAUCUGAAGAUAUUAACAAUGCUCCAUCUAUAAGCAGCAUGAUACGUGGGGCCACUUCUAUAUCUACAGACAAACCAACAGGCUUUAUGCACCAAUCAAACCUACAAAAUGUAGACCACCAACAGACAAGCAUACAUGCCAUGAUUUUGAACCCUCCGACAACAAGUUAUUCUUGUUAUCUUUCAAAGGAAAGAAAUGGAGCACGAAGUUGCAUUUCCAACUUGGAUAUGCAUCAAAAUUCACAACCCUCUUCCUAUAGCUGUCUUCCUGUCCAAUACUGCUUGAUAACUCAAUGAAGAAUGAUCUAAUGCAGCAUAUGAACUUCUUAACUUGCUUAAUCCUAAUAAAGCGACACUUUCCACUAUCCUUCUAUCUAGCACCAUAACUAAGGAAUAUAGGCAUUUUUCAAGCAACAAAUAAAUGGUUUGUUAGGAGUUGUGGACCAAUAACCACAUAGAAGAGUAGGAAAUAGAGGCAAUGACAAGCAUUUUUGGUUGGAAAUUUAUCAACUGGCCAUGACUUAACAGUCAACGCUUUUUUCAUCCCUCUCCUAGUAACCAAUUCCAGUAGGAAUAAAAAUUGGUCUAGGCAAAGAUAAGUUCAACCAAUACAGAGUCCAAUCUUAACAAGUAUCAAAUGUGUAGUUGUGACUUUUGGAAGUGUCAAAAUGGAAAUAUAAUAAAAAAGAAAUAAAACAGAUAUUUAUUUUGGAAGGUUAGUAAGUGACCAGAGCACAAUAUAUUGUAAAACCGAUAUUGCUAAUUUAAAAAAGAGCUGAAAAGAAAGAUAAUACAUGUUCCCUGGUACUCCUCACUAUUUUCAGCCACGUUAUAUUACUUACAGGAUUAUAAGAUAUACUGGCACAAGAAAGUAACAAAAAGGGAAA